AUGGCCGCAGAUGACAAACGGUCUCCGACACUGGACUCUACCAGUGAUCUACCUCGUUCUCCUAGUAGUCCAUCUCAUCUCACUCACUUCAAACCCCUGACUCCUGACCAGGAUGAGCCUCCUUUUAAAUCAGCCUACAGCUCUUUUGUAAAUCUCUUCCGUUUCAGCAAAGAGAGAGCAGAGGCAGGACAGAGUGAUCCACAGGCGUUGAGUGGUGGCUGGUCCAGUCCUCAGCAUCCCACCAGGGCUCAGUCUCUGAGGUCACCGGUUCCUUACAAAAAACAACUGACUGGUGAGCUGCAAAGAAGAUCUUCUACUACCCUUGGGGAUCUCCGAGCCUGCACUUACUGUCGCAAAAUAGCCUUAAGCUAUGCACACUCCACAGACAGUAACUCCAUUGGAGAAGACUUAAAUGCUCUGUCAGAUUCUGCAUGUUCUGUAUCAGUGCUGGAUCCUGGCGAGCCACGCACACCAGUUGGGAGCCGUAAAGCUAGCCGCAACAUCUUUCUGGAGGAGGAUCUAACCUGGCAAAGUUUGAUUCACCCAGACUCUUCAACUACCACAUUGUCUGCACGCUUGGGAUCUGUCCAGGAGGAUGCGGGGAAGUCACCAGCUAGGAACAGAUCAGCCAGCAUCACUAACCUGUCACUGGAUCGGUCAGGUUCACCGAUGGUGCCUGCCUACGAGACAUCCGUCAGCCCCCAGGCCAGUCGCACGCAUAUGAAGGCAGAGAGUAGCGAGGAUGAGCGCAAAAUCCUUCUGGACUCAGUCCAGCUGAAAGAUCUGUGGAAGAAAAUCUGUCAUCACAACAGUGGGAUGGAGUUUCAAGACCAUCGCUACUGGCUACGGACGCAUCCCAACUGCAUUGUGGGAAAAGAGCUCGUCAACUGGCUCAUCAGAAAUGGGCACAUAACGACAAGAGUGCAAGCUAUUGCAAUAGGACAAGCAUUGGUUGAUGGACGCUGGCUAGAAUGCGUCAGUCAUCAUGAUCAGCUCUUCAGAGAUGAGUAUGCUCUCUAUAGACCCUUACAGAGCACAGAGUUCUCAGAAACCCCAUCGCCAGACAGUGACUCUGUGAACUCUGUAGAGGGACACUCUGAGCCAUCCUGGUUCAAAGACAUCAAGUUUGAUGACAGUGACGCAGAGCAGAUUGCUGAUGAAGGAGAAGAUAAUUUAGCCAACUCUGCCAGCCCUAGCAAGCGCACUUCAGUCAGCAGCUUCCAGUCCACAAUGGACAGUGAUUCAGCCGCCUCCAUCAGCCUGAACGUGGAGCUGGACAACGUGAACUUCCAUAUCAAGAAGCACUCCAAGUACCCACAUGUGCCCCCUCACCCUGCCGACCAAAAAGGUAUGAGGUAG